ACCACCAUCUCGGGUCCCCAUCUUCACUCCAUACUCCCAUUACUCCCACUUGAGUAUUAGAAAAAUGGCCACCUCAUCGAUGCCGGAAUCCAAUAAAAUGCUCUAUGCCCCCUUAGCAGAGAUCGAUCCAGAGGUGCAGAACAUCAUAGAUAAGGAGACAUGGAGGCAGCUUUCUGGGCUGGAGCUCAUUGCUUCAGAGAACCUUACCAGUCUGUCUGUCAUGGAGGCGAACGGAUCCAUCUUGACGAACAAGUACUCCGAGGGUCUCCCAGCUGCCCGUUACUAUGGCGGUAACGAGUAUAUUGAUGAGCUCGAGAACUUGUGCCGCAAACGAGCACUGAAAGCAUUCAACCUCGAUCCCACAAAAUGGGGUGUAAAUGUGCAGCCUUACUCCGGAAGCACAGCCAACUUCGCCGCAUUUACCGCCCUCAUCCAACCUCAGGAUCGUCUCAUGGGUCUUGGUCUUCCCGACGGUGGCCAUCUCACUCAUGGUUAUUAUACUGCUAAGAAGAAAAUGACCGCGUCUUCCAUCUACUUCCAGUCGCUACCUUACGCUAUCACUCCCGAUACCAACCUUAUUGACUACUCCGCUCUCGCAGCACAGGCCAAGGUCUUCAAGCCAAAAUUGAUUGUCUGCGGUGCCUCUGCAUAUCCACGCGACUGGGAUUAUGCUGAGCUUAAGAAGACGGCAGAGAAAGAAGGUGCCUGGCUACUAUGUGAUAUGGCCCAUACCAGCGGUCUUGUUGCUGCCCAGGAGCUCAACAGCCCCUUCGAUUACUGUGACGUCGUCACUACUACGACUCACAAAACUCUCCGUGGUCCUCGUGCAGGUUUGAUCUUUUUCCGCAAGGACCUCGAGAAUGCCAAAGAUCUUGAGAAACGCGUCAAUGAGGCCGUGUUCCCCGCGUGUCAAGGUGGUCCCCACAACAACACUAUCGCCGCUGUCGCCACUGCCCUCCUCCAAGUCGCUCAGCCCGCAUUCAAGGAUUAUGCUAAGCAGGUUAUCCUCAAUGCUCGUGCCUUCGCGACCUCUCUAUCGGAACACGGUUAUAAGCUCCAAACUGGGGGAACCGACAACCAUCUCGUUCUCUGGGACUUGCGCCCUCUUGGCUUGACUGGCAGCAAGAUCGAGAAGGUCUGCGACCUGAUGGGCAUAACCAUUAACAAAAACGCCGUCUCUGGCGACGCCUCUGCCCAGGUCCCGGGUGGUAUACGUUUGGGCACGUCCGCACUGACGUCACGUAACAUGGUCGAGUCUGAUAUGAAGGUCGUUGCCGACUUCUUGCACCGCGCUGUGCAACUGUCGUUGGUCCUACAGAAGGAGGCUGGAACUAAGAUGCUGAAAGACUUUGUUCGGGUUGCUACGACACAGGAGGAGGGCAAGGAGGGCUUCGCCAAAGUCAGGCAGCUGAGGGAUGAGGUCCGAGAAUUCGCUAAGCGGUGGCCGCUCCCGGGUGUAGACGUCGCGACGUUCAAGAAGCCUAUAGGCAUUCAUGAGGAUUGAGGUUGAGAUGACGCAUGUAGAGAAGAUUCAACGUCUGUAUUUGUAGUCAUUCAUUUGUAGCGGGGCAUUCAACAUCGUCCCAGUGUUUUGUAGUACUAGAGUUCCUACCGUAAAUCCAUUGCCACUUACCGACUUGGUGUACAACCCUGGAGGACAAAUAUGAAAUUCAAGUUUUUUUUUUAA